GAAAUAUCUGUUAUGAACAAGGAAGAUAUCAUUGCCUUUUAUGAGAAAAGAGAGAUGAAAGGGAACUAUAAUUAUGAUAUUUUAGGAGAUGAUAGAGUUUCUUUAUUUUCUUAAAAAAGAGAAUCAAAACAUAAUAAUUAAAAGACUUUGAUUUUAAGUAGUUAACCAUCAAUAUAUUGCUUUUUGAGUAUCUGUAGUUUUUUGAUUGCUCUAUAAAAUUUGCCAGAAGAAGAUCGAAUUUAUUUUUUUUAUGAUAAUCUAUUAUCAUAUAAUAUUGGUCUGAUUGUAAGUUAUUAAAUUAAGUAAGAGGUUUGUAUGUGUGGUCUUUGUAUACUCGGCAUAGUGAUAGCAGAAAUUAUUAAGAGAUCAUUUACAAACAAGUAAAUAGGAACAUUGCCGUUUUUGACAAAGAAGCAACAUAAAAUGAAUUUUAAUCCAACAAUAUGUUUUGCAGGAUAACUUGCUCAUUUACUUUUACUAAUAGAAAUUAUCUUAUAGACAAUGCCUACUUAAUUAUUUUAGCAUGAAACAUUGAUGGAUUUAUCAUUUUUAUUAAAUGUGGUUUAUUUUAUAUAUGCAAAUAGCUUUCUAGAGAAGAAGAAAGCAGCUCAAAUGCAUUAUAUUCCAUUUGUUUUAUAUAUAUUUGUUACAUUGGCAUGUAAUAAUAUUUUUAAUUUAGAGUGCUAUGUUAAAAUAAUUCCAUGAAAUUACAAUAUACUCGUAUAUGGAAGGUGAAGACAGAGAGAGUUAUUUUAACUUAUAUGGGAAUAAUGUUACAAGGAAUAUAAUUUUAAUUUUUUAGACCAGCUAUUAAAGAAAUGGAGAGAAAUCAAAAUAUCUUGGCAGAAGUUCUUUGA